UUCCGGCACAUCCUCAUUUUCUUUUCCCUUCUCCGGCGUCACCUUCACCCGAACCAGCGAGUUGGAGGAGCGGGGGUGGAAGGAAGAGAAAGAGAUCCGCAGACAUUUCUAGCCGAAUGUCGAGAGGGUCAGCCUUCUCAUUGGCUGGCAGGCUGCGCCUGCGCGGUCGCCUUCCUCCCCGGCCUCGCUCUCCUCCUUCUCUGUGUCAGUGCCGUCAGUCAUGGAGUGGCUGCUUCGAGCCGCGGUGGCAGCACUAGUCAAAACAGAAGCAAUACCAGCGCUUGCAGCCCGGGACGUCCAAGUCUGUCUUGUUGGCCGAAGACCCAGUAACGAGAAGUGGCUGCACGCGCGCGCGCCGGGGUCCGCACGAGUGGCUGGAGCAGUACUAACAUUAGCGGCGGCGUCUCGCGCCACUGGGCUCAGUGACUGACGGCGCGAGUCCAGGAAUUUCGUCUCGUGCCUGCACUAGAAGUCACACACGCAUACGCAGCGUCCCUCUCUCUCUUCCUCCUCCUUGCCUGCGAUGCUCUAGUCAUGAAACGUGUACGUGCAGAACAGAUUCAGAUGGCAGUUUCCUGCUACCUCAAACGCAGGCAAUAUGUAGACUCGGAAGGUCCUCUGAAACAAGGGCUUCGCUUAAGCCAGACUGCAGAAGAAAUGGCAGCUAAUCUAACAGUUCAGUCUGAAUCAGGUUGUGCCAACAUUAUCUCUGCUGCACCUUGCCUAGCAGAGCCACAACAAUAUGAAGUACAAUUUGGGCGUUUACGCAACUUUCUUACAGAUUCAGAUUCCCAGCACAGCCAUGAAGUGAUGCCUCUUCUAUAUCCUCUCUUUGUCUACCUCCAUCUUAACAUGGUCCAAAAUGGCCUAAAGAGCACAGUGGACAGCUUCUAUAGUCGCUUUCGUGGAAUGUUCUUGCAGAAUGCCAGCCAGAAGGAUAUCAUUGAGCAGUUACAGACCACACUAACGAUUCAAGACAUCCUGUCCAACUUUAAGCUCCGGGCGUUUCUUGACAACAAGUAUGUCGUCCGCCUUCAAGAAGACAGCUAUAAUUUCCUACUUCGCUACCUCCAAAGUGAUGAUAACAAUGCCCUUUGCAAAGUUCUCUCCUUGCACAUUCACUUAGAUGUGCAGCCAGCCAAGAGGAUGGACUACCAGCUAUAUGCUAGUGGUGGCUCUUCACGCAGUGAAAGCAAUGGCCUAGAAUCCACUGACAUGCCUGCUUCCAUCCUGCAGAAUGAGGCAGCCUUGGACAUCCUGCAGGAUAGCAUUAAAAGAGUCAAAGAUGGGCCACCUUCACUCACCACAAUAUGUUUCUAUGCUUUCUAUAACACUGAACAGUUGCUGAACACUGCAGAGAUCUCACCGGAUAGCAAGCUGCUUGCAGCUGGCUUUGACAAUUCCUGUGUAAAGCUGUGGAGCUUGCGGUCCAAGAAGCUGAAAUCUGAGCCUCAUCUGGUAGAUGUAUCCCGAAUCCGCCUGGCAUGUGAUAUCUUGGAUGAGGAGGAUGAUGAUGAUAAUGUGGGUACAGAAAUGAAGAUACUAAGGGGGCACUGCGGACCCGUGUAUAGCACAAGGUUCCUGUCAGACAGUUCAGGACUGUUGUCGUGCUCCGAAGACACAUCCAUCAGAUACUGGGACCUUGGAUGUUUUACAAACACUGUUUUGUACCAAGGGCAUGCCUACCCUGUGUGGGAUCUGGACAUUAGUCCUUGUAGCUUGUACUUUGCCAGCGGUUCCCAUGACCGCACAGCAAGACUCUGGUCAUUUGAUCGGACGUACCCACUGAGGAUAUAUGCAGGCCAUUUGGCAGAUGUGGACUGCAUUAAGUUUCACCCCAAUUCUAACUACUUGGCAACAGGAUCUACAGACAAAACAGUGCGGCUCUGGAGUACACAGCAAGGAAAUACAGUGCGUCUGUUUACAGGUCACCGGGGCCCUGUGUUGUCACUUGCAUUUUCUCCAAAUGGUAAGUAUUUGGCUUCAGCAGGUGAAGACCAGCGUUUAAAGCUAUGGGACUUGGCAUCUGGCACACUUUACAAAGAACUGAGAGGGCACACAGAUAAUAUCACCAGCCUUACUUUUAGUCCGGACAGUAGCUUGAUUGCUUCUGCAUCAAUGGACAAUUCUGUUCGGGUUUGGGAUAUUCGAAACACUUACUGCAAUGCUCCCAUAGAUGGCUCUUCCAGUGAACUAGUUGGUGUAUAUACUGGACAGAUAAAUAAUGUACUGAGUGUACAGUUCAUGGCCUGUAACCUUCUUUUAGUGACUGGAAUUGCACAAGAGAAUCAGGAACAUUAACCUUUUUUAAAAAUGGGUGUGGUGUUAAAAGCCAGAGUCUAUUAUAAACUGAGAUUAUAUAUAAUUGACUGUGAAAAAAAUGUUUUCUUUCCCAUUGGUGGACAUGUCCAGAAUGAUGGAAAUACUGUACUUGAAGAUGUCUUGUAUUGUUGCAAAAAAUAUAGGAAAGGGAAAGCAACAGGAGAACUUCAUUUUAAUUUUAUGUUAGCAGUGCAAUGGCAGGAAGCAAUGAGAGGAAGGAAACCAACAACACAUAAUAUUUUGAUGAAGGUGGAUAGUCCAAACCCAGUCCAGGCAACUGAAGUCAUCAACCUGAAUAUGUUGCAUGAAUGGACAAAUCCUACUUAAAAGUUAUUGGAGAUUUUUGUGUCUGUACUGCAGCUAUUUAGCUCAAUUGACUGUUUUCCCCACUGAAGUUUCUAUGGCACAAGAAUCCUUGCUAUCACCUUGGAAAGAAAAAUGUAUUUUGUCAUAGGGAUGCU